AUGCUUACUUGCGGUACCGUCAUUUUAGACAUAAGCAACUCUAACGAUGAAGUCAUACUUGUAUCGGAUUACCUGAAACUAUUAAAAGAUCUACUAGAAAAAGAAGAAGCAAAUGAAAGAUAUCAAAGUGCCACAAGCGAUGAUGGUGAUAUUUUGGACUCCAGGAAACGUUAUCUUAUUCUUAUAUCGACUGUAAUGACAUGGGCACUUACAAAACCAUUGGAUCCACAAAAGACAUACGAACUGAUGACGCUACACUUGAACAUGGAGCCCACUUUUAUCGUCGAAACAAUGGGACUGCAAUGGACAUCUGAAUUGAGUUUCGCCGAGAAUAUACCAACACUUAUGAAGCAAUUCAAAAAGGAAAGAGGUCUCAAACCGUUCAAGGAACUGCGCGUGAGUCAUUGGAAAGAAGGCGAGACAGCUGCCCUAAAAGCUCCAAGUAUUGAAGAUGGUGACAAUGUAUUCGAAGAUGAGGAUGACCUAGAGGAUGACGAGGCAGAGCGAGAGGCAGCGCGAGUCACGAUUGCCAUGCUGCGGUCUGGUCGCUCGCUUAGCGAGGAAGAAAUUAUUGGAUAUAUACGAAAAAAACUUCUCAGUCACGAAGCAGAAAAUAAAGGCUGGGUACUGGAUGGCUUCCCAAACAACCUGGCACAAUGCUCUACGCUCUUCGAAAAAGGCGAGGAGCAAGAUAACGAAGGAAGCGACAUAAUGGAUACUGAUUAUUUUGAUGAAGAUGCUGAUUUAUAUAGUAACGUCUUACGAAAACUGUUACCGGACAUUGUAGUGUCAUUGGAAGUUACGGAUGAAUUCAUCUGCGAAAAGGCAAUGCGCCAGCCGGAAGAUGAAUCCCAUCUCGACGAGGAGAUUGUUCUCAAGCGAUUGAAUGAGUUCAGAGCCGCAGACGCGCCUGAUGUCACCCCUCUUAACUUUUUCGACGAGUUGGACAUACACCCUCUCGUGGUGGCAGUCAAUGACCAUAAGGACUAUUCCAUGAGAGGUCCAUAUGCCGAGGUCUCGCUGCGUAUGGGUCGUCCAUGCCGUUAUGGGAAGCUUAUCGAAAUAAUUGAGGAGGCGGAGAAAAAAGAGAAAGCGGAAAGAAAACUGAUGGAAGCCAAGCAAGAAAAGGCUUUAGAAGAAAUGAAGGCCAAAAUGAAAGAAGAGUAUGAAGAGGAAAUGGAAUAUUGGUCGGAACUUUACGCUUUGAUGCGCGAGGAGGAGGAACUGUGCCUUGCCGCAGCUGGUGAACCAAUGCGAAACUAUCUUGUGCAAUACAUCUUUCCAACGCUUACGGCGGGCUUGCUCGAGGUCGCCAAGCUGAGACCCGAUGACCCCAUAGACUUUCUUGCAGAAUAUUUAUUUAAACUCAAUCCCACCGGCAAGAUGCUGGAGCCAGGAUAUAAUUUAAAAGCGGAGAAAUUACUGGGAAAAAUCAAAAUGCUCGACGAAGCUUGGAAAGAUUUGGAUAUUAAAAUAGAACCAUUGCUACCACCGGAUGACGACUUCGAUGCUGAUGGGGCGUCUACGUCUAAAAAAAAAUUGACAGCA